AAUGGUGUGUGAGUGCUGGAAGGCCUGUACUUCAUUUCUGUCACUCUGCAACUCCUGCUCUCUCAACUCAGCCCUCUGCUCCUCCAAAUACUCAGCUGUGGUUCAGCUCGGCUCUCCACCUCUGUCAUAGUUCCUCUGAUCGCUCAAAACUCUCAACGUCCUUGCUCUCAUCUUCCUCGUGGCAGGAUCUAGUGACAACAUGGAGAAUAACCAUACCUUCCUGUACUUUGCAUAUGGCAGCAACCUGCUGAAGGAGCGGCUCCAGCUCAAGAACCCCUCUGCAAAAGUACACUGUGUGGCCAGACUCAAGGACUAUAAAUUGGUGUUCGGAAACCAUAAAGGCCUUGCCAGUGACCGGUGGCAUGGAGGUGUAGCAACCAUUGAGCACAGCCCAGGGGACGAGGUGUGGGGUGUGGUGUGGAGGAUGAAUAUGUCUGAUCUGGAGUCUCUAGACAGUCAAGAAAAUGUGACGUUAGGCGCAUAUAGUCCUGUGGAGCUAUCAGUGAAGACGAAAGGCCCGGAGCUCAACUGUCGUACCUACAUAAUGAACAGCUGUGUGUAUGCCCCACCAUCACCACAAUAUCUGCAGGUGAUUGUGAUGGGAGCAGAGCAGAACGGCUUGCCGAAGGACUACCAGGAGAAGCUGAGAGCAAUUAAGACCAACAUGUAUGAGGGUCCUCUGCCAGUGAUGGCUGAACUAGAGCGAGCCAGAAGAAGAGCCAAAGAGAAGGCCAGCCACCACUCUGAUGCCUGAUAAUCCAGCAGAAUCCAGGUCCACUUUUAUCUAUAGGAAAGUCCUCGUAACACUGUAUACAAGCUAAUACUGUAGCUUAACAAGUUCCCCUUAGCCAACUAGCUAGCUGGCUAACCUUAAUUCAAGCAGCCUGGUCUAUGAUUCUGAGUGACCACAGUCAACCACUGAGAGAAUGCAGCAUUGUGAUCUAACUUGAGUUGCCUGUACUGAUAAAAAUAAUAGCUGCAUUUUGAUAGUACAGAGGUGUGAGAUCGACCAGAAAUGUUGAGUGAAACUAUAUCACCAUAAGGAGUAAAAAUCCAGGUUAUACUCCCAUUUGUGAUUUUAUGUUUUUAUGGUUGAGAUAUAUUUCAAUGCUUAUUUCUUGCUCGUAACACCACUUACAAUUACUCUACUGAGUCAGGCAAAAUUUAAAUAUUAUUUAAAGGGCUAUACCAGUGUUUUUGAAAGUGUUCUGUUUAAGUGCAGAAUGAUUUGUAACUUCUGUUCCACAGUACCAAUCUACCAUAACAAAACUGACUAAAGUAAUAGCAAAUACCGUGAGUUAGGGUUAGGGUUAGACACUGUUUUCAUACCUUAACAAAAAUAUGAAAAUUGAUGGCUUACUUCAAGGAUAAAAAUCAAUGGCUAUAAUUUGUUGUGAAGGAAACAUGCAAGACAUUUGUUCUUUUAAUGCUCUAUAAAAUGUUAUAUUUGUGAAGCUAUUGUCACAUAGCCAACUGUAACAUUUUGAAAUAUACAUUAAAGUGACUUUGUCAUUUCCCUCAAAGGUAUAAU